CCGUCGAGCUGCUCAUCGACCGGAGUCGCUUCACGUCGGAUCACCCAGCGGCAGCACCGGUCUCCAUUUUAACUCCGACACCGAGUCGUACCUCACGUGUCCUGGGUUGUCUCUCUCACAUGACCCGAGUGUUUGUUCCCGUGAUCAGCACUUCCAUCUCCGUCUGUGACACCGAAUAUCACUUUUUAUUGCAACCCUGAUGGAUAUGCUUGAACAGAGUCUGGACAGCUCAAGCCAAGAUAAGCAAGAAGAAGAAGACGUUGUCCAGACUUCUGAAGACGUAACAGGAGAGGAGCACACGGCUGUUACCACAAUAGCCAGUGUUCAGCAGGCUGCAGCAUUCGGAGAUCAUAACAUCCAGUAUCAGUUCCGUACUGACAGUGGACAGGUGACUUAUCGUGUUGUUCAGGUGACUGACCAGCACCUGGAGGGAAGAGAUGAUGGAGGUGGAGCAGUGAGCGUUGUCUCAACGGCUGCCUUCACUGGAGCUCCGCAGGCCGUGGCUCAGGCUGUGAUCCAAAACCCUUACAGUAAUGGAGGAAGCCCAGCAGGAGAGGCGGUGGGAGGGGAGACGCGCUUUGCUUACUUCCCCGCAACCGCGGUGAGCGACGGGACCGUGUCCGUGCAGGCCACCACAGACCCCACGCUCACUCAGGCAGGGGCUACAGGUCAGUUUUAUGUCAUGAUGACCCCCCCUGAUGUCAUUCAGGCAGGCACACAGCGAACCAUCGCCCCACGCACGCAGCCCUACCCUGCAGAUGAGAACGAGCUGCUGCAACUUGAAGGUUUAAACUGGAAAAUGGAUGGACCGCGCACACCGAGAGAUGAAAGGAGGAGAGCACAACAUAAUGAAGUCGAGAGGCGGCGGAGAGACAAGAUAAACAACUGGAUCGUCACCCUUUCUAAGAUCAUCCCAGACUGCAGUAUGGACAGCACCAAGACCGGAGCGAGCAAAGGCGGCAUCUUGUCUAAAGCGUGUGAUUACAUCCGGGAGCUGAGGCAAAGCAACCAGCGACUGCAGGAGAGUCUGAAAGAGGUGGAGCGGAUACAAGUGGACAAUGAGUUGUGCAGGCAGCAGAUUGAAGAGCUGAAGAACGAGAACACUUUGCUCCGAGCGCAGCUCCAGCAGCAUGGCAUCGAGAUGGUUGGUGAGACACCACCACAGUGACAGGGAGAUGAGAAAGAAGCGGCAGGAGCGCCAUCACUCAGACGCACAACCAGCGCAGUGGAAACGAAAGCGAAGUGAUGGAAAAAAUGACUUGUGAAGAACCAAUUUCUUUAUAGUGAAUGCAUCCUUCCUUGGGCUCCCAGGUUGCGAACCCUUCAACGGCCAAUUGUGGCUGCACUUGACUGUUCCAGUCCUGUUGAGAUAACCAGCCGUUACAGCUCAGUAGAAAUGUGCUUCAAGAAAUGAUGCCCACUCAGUGCUUUCCUAGCGCUGAGGGAGAACAUCUGCUGAACUCCUCCUUGUUUUGUAUUUAUGUAGCCUCAUCCUGGGACUAUGAUGAUUAUCAUUGUGUUCCUCGGCCACUUGUGUUCCCCUAAUUAAUAGGUUUGACUUCGUUUUUGCUUUUAUUCAGUUUGUUUUUUCGUAUUAAUAUGUUUUGAGCUGCUUUAAUUUAUUAGUUGCUUGCUGAAGGACGCCUUGAUGGAGAUCAGUUACAUUGAAGCUCAUUAACCCCAGAGAAGCAGAUUGAAUUUUAAAUUAGAAAACUUCAAAGUGCGCAAAACCUUGUGAGUCGACCGACAGAAGCCGUGACACACACACACACACACACACACACACACACACGCAUGCACCUAGUCCCAAAGAUCCUCGCUGCCCUGUGCUUCUUUGGCGAUUUAUGUAAAUAUGGCUUAUCAUGUUUUAAUACAGAUGUUACAGAAUGUUAGCGCAGAUUAUCUCUGGGAGUAAACAAUCAAUAACUCAUUAACUUCACGCUGGCCCUUUGUCAUAAUAAUUACCACGAAGCCUGUUCAAUCAUGGCGCUUGAUUUGGAGGAAAAAUAGGCGUCUACUUGAAUUGUUGGGCAUUUGGUUCACUCGAAAAUUAACUCCUCACCAACCAGCUGUUCCGAUGCCAUGUGGUUACAAAUCCAAGCGUACAGUUGUGGAACACGGCCACACACGACAAACCCGGUUUGCAAAUGACGGCGCGUGCUGCAAAUUCCAACUUUUGCCAAACUAUAUUUAGGUACUGUGGGUUUUAUUCCCAUUGCUUUGUUUGUGUGAUUUACCCGUGUCUCGGUACGAGUAAGAAUAAUCCCCACACGUUUCAUUUCGAGCCGUUUGCUCUAUUUUGGUAUUGCAACACUUCAAAUGGGGCUCGACGCACAAUGGGGGAGGCACCCUGGAGAGCGGUACUCAAAGACAUUGUGCUCACUAUGGAGAAGAACUACACCCAAUCUCCGUGUUGCACUGUGCCGAGCACAACUUGUCCUCCAUGAAAAGACGACGUAGCUGAAAAGUGGGAAGACUCGGAAAUGGAGAUGAGUUUCUCCACCUACUCGGGCGAACAAUAUGUAAACGGUAAUUGGUUGUACAAGAAAGCAAAAGCCAAUAAUGACAUUGUCUGAUUUUUUUGUGAAUGAAUAUACAUGAUGUGUUUUUGUUCUGCUCUGGGCGAUGCAAGUGCAGGAGCGAUAUUAAGCUUCGGAGCCACUUAUUAGAGCACUUAUUGCUUCUCCCUCUAUCAACGGCUCAGGAUCCAGCAAGGCAAAACCAACACUCAGACCCCUGGCAAAAUCAGGCUGACUAUCACAUUUUUGUUUUUAUCUCAGACUCUAAGUUAACAGCUUGUGCUUUGCAAGUACUGUUCUGCUACUACUGCUGGAUUCAGACCUGAUACAGAUGGUGCGAGUGUGUGAUCUAUCAAACAAGGCUCCCAGCCAAAGUUGAGUGAUAGAUGUUUUGCAGAAGGAUUUCUUUCCACCUCGCUGAGAGGAGCGCGGAGAAUGUGAAAAUGAAGACAUGAAUAAUGGUUUGAAAGGCUGAUGUUCAAACAAACUAAAGGUCAUUUGUGGCUAAUUCUUUUUCUUUUUUUUAUGAAAAUAAGGAUAAAGGACUUUUUUCUCUCUGUAGCAGCCUCAUUGUUCUCAGGAUAGAUUGUACGACAUCUUUUCUAAGUAAAAGUGAAAAAUAAAAGUUUCAGAGCUCAUACCACG